AUGUGGGCCAAGAGAGCCGGUCCGCAAACCUGGUCCAGGGAUUUUUCAUCUGGUGUGGCCUCUCCUGAUGAUGAUUCUCAUCUACGCUUUGCCGAUUUUACUGAUCCUUUUGCGGUUGGAUGUGGUAGAAAGAAAACGCCUAGAGGAUCGAUACGCCGUCCAAAAGCGUCGAAGGCUAGAACUGCCGUGGGAAAUGAGAAGCUGGGGCCAGCUUCAUUGGUUCCCGCUUCCACAGCUGUUCUCCAGGCCUGCCUUGGUUAUUCAAAGUACUCGUACAGUUGGCGCUCAUUGAAGGGAACGAAAUUUCACGAAGCGCACGGGAAAAAGUAUCACUUUGGAAGCUUUAAGGAAGCUCAUCCGAUUACCCUCCCGGUCACGCACAAAGAUGUUGAAACUGCCGGAGAACCAAAUAAAGCCGAGACUGGAGUGAUAGAAAGCAGAAAGGAUUCAAAAGAUGACACCGUUCCUGGGGCUGAGCAGCAA